AUGCAUCUUCUUCAAUUUCAAUUCCCUUCAACAACCCUGUUUUCCAAACCAUCACUUUCCCUUGUCAGAAGACCUCCACCCAUUCUCUUCACCACUACGCAGUUAAAGCAAUUCCCAAUUCCCAGAUUUUCAAUUCAGUCUUUCAAAUGUUCAGCUUCUUCUGCUGUUUCGGAAAGAACAACCCAGUUGGAGUUGGCCCAGAAUCAUGAUUGUAAUAAGCCAUCCCCUGCUGAAGUCUCAAGAACAACAAUGGAGUUAUCAUCUAUGGGCACUCUUUCUACUGUCAAUCCAGAUGGUUGGCCUCUUGGGAUUGGCGUUAGAUUUGCUGUUGAUUCUCAAGGCACUCCAAUUAUAUGCUUGCAUCAAUCCUCUAAUACCGUCUCAUUUCUCAAUAAUGAUGUGCCCGCUAGCUUACAUGUUCAGUUAGAGCAGUGCGGCCUGCGGACUCCACAAUGUACAAUUCUGGGGAAACUUACAAAGAUUGAGGAUAAGAUGACUUCUAAGAAGCAUUGUUCUCUGUGGAAAAGGAAAUUUGGGGAGGAAGCCAAUGAGGAUCUCAUUUAUGCUGUUUCUGUUGAGCGUGUACUACAUAUGGAGGACUUUGGAGAGGAUGGUGUGUGGGUUAUGUCAAUGGAUUAUGAGAUGGCUAGCCCCGAUCCGCUGCGCGAUUUUGCUGAAAGUUUUGUGGAAGAGAUAAAUGCAAAUAAUGGGGAAGACGUCUACCGCUUUUGUAACAUUUACGCGGAUUUGGAUUUCCAGGUAUUAGAUGCAAAGGUGGUUUGGGUCGAUCGCCUAGGCUUUGAUAUCCGUGUUAGAACCUCCCAGGAUGAUGCAUUUGAGGUUCGAAUUCCUUUCCCGGGAGAAGUAUCAGAUGAGAAAGGAGCAAAAUCAUCUUUCAACUGUAUGUCUCAGCUUGCUUGGGAAGUGGAAAAGAAUUUCCAUGUCCCCGAUUUCGAGAAAGUUAAACAAGUGAAGAAGAUUGUCAGUAGGUCAAGAUGA